AACUCAGUUGGUGGGGCAGAUGCUCGAAUUGAUAGAAAAUGCUGAUGGAACUCAGCAAGCCAGGGUCUGUCGAUGGGAGCAAACAGUCGACGUUUCCAGGCUUGACCCAACUUCAGGAAUGGAACAGAAGCCAGAAUAGGAAGGAAAGAAGUACACGGUGAUGUCAGAGGGGAGGUUGGGGAGCUGAUAGGUGGAAGACGUAAAGAGCCAAAGCAAAAAAUAAUAGGAGACAGCAUUGGACCUUGAUGCAAAGAGGAGGAGGAGAAGAACCAGAGAGAGGUGAUAGGCAGGCUCGAGGAGGAGUGAGGGGGUAACCAGAAUAGGGAAAGAGUGAGGGGGAAGGAGACAGUAAUUACCGGAAAUUAUAGAUAUUAGGCAUCUCCUGUGUGGGAGAUCAGCUGGUUGGGCAACUCCUACGAAGAAAGAAACAGUAAUUAUCUCAAGUUAACCUCCCCUCAUCAGGAUCCACCUGUUGAAGUGUGUUCGCUUUUGUGUUUCAUCCAGAAGCAUGACGACUGACGGCCCACCAGAGAACGUGGUCCAGGACCAAGUUAGAUCACUGCUGGAGAAUGAAAAGAUCAAACUCUGGGAGCCUCCGUACACAACCGAAAAUAAAGAUGCUGCACCAGAGCUGAAAGUUUUGGCUGAGAAAUAUGCUUUGCAGUUGUGCAUCGACAUUAAGAAUGUGGAAAGUAUCCUUGAAGGUUUGAGAUGCAAUGCACUGCAAGGCUUGAGUGCAAAAAAGACAUUCGAAGACACUGGACUCGCAACAAUACGCAUUAAUUACACUAGUAAUGGAAAGCGAAAGGAAAAAACAAAGCUGACAACCAAACUGAAUAUUUCAGCAGCUGAUCUAAGAGCUGAAAUUGCAAAAUUAACAGAAAUGAAUGAAGGACAUUUAAAACUUAUCAUGAACUCUAAAGUUCUUAAAAUGGAUCGAUCUCUUGCUGAGCAGAAUGUGAGAAAUAAUUCGCUAAUUAUGGUUAUGCAAAUAACUGUCACUGAGGAAGAAGCAAAAGAGCAGGAGAUGGUUUUCCAAGAAGAGCUAAAGGAACAGGAUGAGCGGAAGGCCAAAAUAUCUAGGACCAGGAAGGGUGCUGAAAUUUUGUCACAAUAUGGCGAGUACAGUAACGUUCCAUAUCUAGAAAUUGCAGACCAGAAAGGGAGGCCCAUUCCUAUUCCAGCUGUGGAGAAAAAGGCACUUUUGUUAGCCAUGACAUUACAUGAAAAAGGCAGAGCCAUCAUGAAGAAGAGAGAUUAUGCAUCAGCACUAUUAUGUCUGUUGGAUGCAGAUGAAGAAUUUAGAAAAUGUGGGUCUGAGCUCCUGAACACCGUAGAUAACCAUGCAGUUCUACAACUGGAAAUCGUGUGGUGUUUUCUUCAGCUGGAGCAGCUCGACUGUCUUCGUGAUGCAGAAGAGAGACUAAAACGAGCCCAAACUCGGCUGAAUAACUGCUAUGGGGAGAAUCUGGAGCGACUUUAUAACCUGAAGGGCAGCACUGCCAAUGAGCAGGUGCUGUACUUGCGGCUGAUGCUGCUUCAGGGAGUGGUGUUGUUUCACAAAGGAAAACUGCAGGAGGCAAGGAAUCAUCUGAAUGAGGCAGAAGUAUUAUUGGCAAAGCUCUCUGUGGAUGAUAAAAAGGUUGUACAACUUAUGAGUCUUGGGUUCACGGCCCAGGAGGCACGGUUAGGUUUGCGGGCCUGUGAUGAUGAUAUCAACUUGGCUGCCUCGCAUAUCUACCAGAGAAGAGAGGAGAAAGCUGAAAUAAGAGGAAAAGAGAGAGCAGAAAGGAAAAGGAGAAAGCAAGAAGCUAUAAAUUCCCUCAUUGCCAUGGGCUACUCAGAAAAAGCUGCUACCAAAGCAUUUCGAUCGGCCAACAAUAACUUGGAACGUGCAAUGGAGAUACUUCAGUACAGCUCUGAACAUGUCUACGCGGAGGAUGAAGCUGGACCAAGUUACAGUGCGCAAAUCUCUGAUGAAAUGAUUAAUCAGGUGGCAUUCUUGGGUUUCGAUCACUCUGCUGCAGAGAUCGCCCUGAGGAGAUUUAAUGGCGAUAUUGAACGUGCGGUUCAGGCAUUAAUAAAUCACGGUGGCUACCUUCCUUCAAGUCUGCUUAAUUCACCCCCUUCAUCGUCAUCGUCACCAGAGGAUAUGGAGGUUGAAGAUCCGUCAGAGGAAAAACAAAAAGAGCGUGAAAUUGUGGAAGAGGUUUUGGCUGAUAUCCCAGAACAUGAAGAAGACUACCUUGAUGUGACCCUAGAGGAGGAAAGGGAAGUCGUUAUAAAGUACAAGACUUGGCUACAAAGUUCACAGCAAUCUACCUCGUAAUUGGCAAACAUCAAAGCAAUCAGUACUGGACCUUGGUCCCUAAAUUGUGCCUCAUGCCCUUUACAAACAUUUGCUUCUUUCGGGCACUCCAUCAGCUUUAGUUUCUAACUUUGUCAAUGAUUGACUGCCAAACUCAUUUUUAUAUUAAAAAUAUAUAUAAAAGGGCCUUUUGGUGUCCUUUUAAUCAAAUGUGCUUUUUUUUUUAAUAAUUAUUAGUAAAGCUGACAGUUUGCUCUUGUACCUUUUUGCAGCAAGUGCAGACAUCUGCUUUAGCAGCAGUGAGCCUUUCCAGACUCUGUACUGGUGUGUAAAAUGGAUAUUGGUGUGGCUCCCGUUUGUACUGAGUGAUUGGCUUUGGCAAUUCAGUUACCAUUCACAUGACUUCUCUUGGAUUUUGGUUACACAUAUACUGAAGUGUUGACUCAUCAAGAUUAGUGGUGCAGAAGAUGCUUUUGUCCAUUUAGAUUUAAUCAGUCAGACAGUGAAUAGUGCCAUGAAAAUGCUGAAUUGCAGCAGUCAUUGAGUUUCUGAGAGCACAGCAUUUAAUCGUAACCCUUAUUACAAAAUAGAUGUGGAUCAGUAUUAAUUGUUUUCUCUGGUCAGGGGUACUUAAUGACAUGCAAUGCUCUGGUUUCAUGCACCAGUCAGUGUUAAGUUUGACUGUACAGCAUCCUGCAAAUGGAGGAUAGUAUUUUCCAGGUUAAGUAUUUUUAAUCAGAUGUAAUACACAAGACAGUCCACGUGUAUAUUCAAGGGUUAUCCGUGCCUCGUACAGAAGUUGAUCUGUGGAGAUCUGCAAGGCAAAGUCAUCACUCCUAGAAUGAACAGGAGCACCUGGACUUGUUUAUGUGGAGUUUAACCAUAUGCUUCAAGUACUGAGGGGCGCGUGUGUCUCAUGCUUUCCUCAGUAGCCUGAUUGCAAUUGCUGUCCCAAAGGCUGUAUCUGAAAACUUCCUGCCACUGUCCCUGCAUAUUCUUUCAAAAAAAGACAUCUGAGGUUGCUUAUAUUCGAGUGGCAGGACCAUAUCAGUUGAUUAAAUAUAAUUGAGUGCAGUUCUUGAAAGGCACUGCUGCAAAUUGAUGGAUAUUUAAAUUGUAAAAGUAGAAAUCUUCCUUAAACUUGGCAGAAAAGUUAAAAUAGAAAUUGUAUGCAACCUUAUUUUUGAACAAAAUGUAUUUUGUAUUACUGGAAUGCAAUUUGUGUACAAUGUCAAAUUUUCAGCAAUAACUCUGAGAUGAAUUUAUAGGGAAAUGUUUCAUUAGCACUUAUUUCUAGAUUGUACUGUAAAAUCGAAUUAACCUUUCAUCGGAGCUGCUUGCAAAACACUGACAGAGGCAGGCGUUUUGAGAGAUCUUGAACAUGGGCUCCCAUCCAUUCAUUUGUACAAUCAAUUACUGUUUAGCAGACUCUCAUCAAAUUUGCCAGACUGGCCAUAUGUGUCACUUUUUUUUUCCAAAUCCAUUUGUGGUUGUACUUCAAACCUGAGAUCCCUCUCCCUUUACUGUUUUAUUUUCUUUCUGUUAGUGACGACCAUCUUGUUUUUUUCCUUAAAGAUUAAUCAGUUGCCUUUAUUCUUAGAAGUAUAAUUUUUUGAACAUAAUUUGAGUUUAAAAUUCUGAAAUAAAAUUACUGAGAAAUGCA